UAAAAACUUACAAUUCUAUUGACUACUCUCCUAUUCGUUGAAAACAAAUUUUUGAAGUCAUAUUGACCAAUCAUAAGUAAAGAUGUUUUUAGAUAUUUCAGAAUUCACAUUUUUGUUAUACCAAGUUAUUUUCUCCAAAUUUAAAUAAUUUAUUUCUAUAUGUUUGCCUUAUAAAUAAUCUAUAUUAAUGUCAAAGUUAUUAAGGAUUAUCGACUUAUAUGGAAAUAUACAUUUUUGACUGUUAUAACCUUAGACGAAUGAAUAAUAAUUAUUAUUAUUAUUUACAAUUUUUCAUUAUUUGUAUUAAAUUAUUAAAUAAAUAAUAAUGGCGCAGCAAACAUAUAUUUCUUGCAUAAAAAUUAAUGGUGUUCCUAUUCUUCCACCAAUGAUAACUGAAGACAUUAGAAAAGAAGUAAAAUAUUAUAAAUAUUUAGCAAUUCAAGUAGAAAAAAAAUUAAAAGCUUUAUAUGAUACAAAAUUUAGUGAAAAAAGUACAUUUAUAGAAGAUGAUACGAGAAUACAGGAAAUUGAUCACACAUUUAAUUUUGAUAAUGAAAAUGUAAUUCCUAAUGCAGACUCUAAUAUUGAUGUAGAUCAAAUAUCUAUGAGAAAUACGUAUGAUGUUACAACAAAUAAAAAUACAGAUUUAUAUGUUCAUGAACAAAGUAAUAAUUCCGAAUUGGUACAAGAAAUAUCUUGCAAUGAAAAUAUCGAAGCAAAUUUAACAGAAAGGCAUUCAUUUAGUCCAAGAUCAACUGUCAUAAGCGCUGAUUCGACUGAAAAUCUUACUGAUACAACAAAAUCAAAAGUCAAGCAAAAUAUCUUAGAUACUUGGAAACCUGAAGUGCCUAAAACCUUAGAUAUUGUCCCUAUUACAUUGGAUGAUUCAAAUAUAUAUCAAAGAGAAGAAUUUUCAAUGAUAACUGAAACAAAUUCUAUUAAGGAAACACCAAAUCUUGUACGUCAGGGUUCUUACAUUUUGGAUACUCCAAGUCCUAUGUUGCUUGCGCACAUGCAAACAGAAUUAAAUAAUACAAAUGAUCUUCCUACUGUGGAUUAUAUUCCUACACCUGCACAAAGUGUUAUACGACGCAAGGAAUGGAAUAUUACACAAACAAAAACUGAAUGGAAAAAUGAAAUUAAAAAUAAUGAAUUUAAUGUCAUGGAUAGUCAGCAGACAUUAAAAAAUUCAAAGUUUAAAAGAAAAAGUUUAUCUAGCAAAAGUAAUUAUAAUUUAUAUAAGACUGAAAGUGAACAAACAAUAUCGGAACCACAAACUCGCAUGUAUCAAACUACAGGAUCUGUGGAUUGUAUACAAAUGAUGCUUGAGAAAGAAAAUAUAUAUAAACCUGAUAUAAAAAUUAACAAUAAUAAAAAGAAAUAUAGUAUAAGUAAUAAUGAUAAAGAAAAUCAUAGGCCACAGGAAUGGAAGGAAAGCAAAAACAUUUCAGUGUUAAAUACAACAAAUAAAUUAGGAGGCUCAUUAGGAAAUUUACACGAUAUUGAAACACAAAUGCAUAAAAUUAAUGAGUCACAAACAUCAAGGACAUAUAAACAUAAUGAGAGUUUUGAUAAAGAAAAUACAAGUAAUGAUAAAAUAAAUGAAUCAAUAGAAAAAUGUAAUUCUGCUAAUAUAUCUGAGAAAUUAUUGACUAUCUUGAAAGAAAUAGAAGAAGUACAUAAAAGACAAAUGUCUGAAUUGGUAAUUCGACAACAACAAGAGCAAUCUUCGUUACAAAAAGAAUUUGAAAAGCAACAAUUACUUUUAUUGACAGAAAUAAAAAAAUCUUUCCCUGAAAUUUCUCCUGUGAUAGAUGACAAAUAUUUGUCAUCUACUUCUUUGGAUCAAGCUGUGUCAACAAAUAAUUCUACUUCUAAAAAUAGUCCUACAGAUACAAAACAAGAAGAUGAAAAUUUAGAAUCACUGACUGUUGUUCAAAAAGAUAAUUUAUUAUUGUCACCAAAUCAACGCGAGCUAAGUCCUAUAUGUCCACUGAAUUAUAUUUACUCCAAAAAUCAUCUUAAUGAUACAAAAAAACAUUUGAAAUGCUAUGAAUUUAUUCAAUCGUCGCAAAGCGAAGCCUAUGAUACUUCCAUGUCCAAAUACAAUUGUACAUUGAUUAAAAAUAGAGAAAUACAAGAACAUAUGAAUAAGAAUAAAAUGCGUGAUUAUAAUUUAAGUGUAACAAGUGAGAGUAAAAAACCUACAAUUAGCCGUCGGUUAUUUCCAUUAGACUGUAAAACUGUACAUGUUCCCAUCAUUGAUAGUUCUAUGUAUGCAGAGAAACACAUACAAGCUGCAUCUAUUAUCAAUGCAUAUACACGAGGAUAUUUAGUACGCAGGUUAAUGAAAACGGAUCGCGUGAUUACUUUAAAAAAUACAUACAAAGAAGCAUUACAAUGUAUGCUUAAAUUACAUGUUGAUGCACCUCUUGAUUUAUCAGAACUGCAUUUUUUACGUCGUUUACAAUUACAGUGUGAUGCAGCAUCCAUGAAUAUAGUGGAAUUAUUUACUCAAAGUCCUGCAUACAAAAUGAAAAUAAUAGCGCAUGAUCGUGAAAUUAAACGGUGUCGCACUGAACGUCCAACUUCAGCACGAUCAUACUCAUUUGCUACCCAGAGGACCCUAGCAAGGAAAAAGCUCAAAGAGAUGAGAGAUUACCAGUCACCAAUUAUCACUCAAUUACACUCAUCUAGAGCUAGAUGUCAAACUUGGACUUCUGAAAUUUCACAGCAUCUUAUCUCACCGAAUAUACAUCAAACUAUUAAAAGAAGUACCAGUGCAGGAACAGUUAGAAAACCAUGGAGAUGAAAUAAGAUCACUGUGCCUUUGAAUAUUACUUCUAGAUAUUCUUUGUACAAAUCAUAAUCUUGUAAAUAUUAUUUUGCCUGGGGUGCCUAUAUUUUUAAUAAAUUUAUUUCAUACGA